GGGGAGUAGACUUUGUAAACUUUUUAAGUGAUCAAGUUGUUAUUUUGUGUUGAUCUUAACUCUCAGUCAAAAUGCAUUUCUCUAUCCCCGAGACACAAGAUUGCAAAGAUGAAUCGGGAUCGACGUACACGGUAUUUAAAAUUCAUGUAAAUGGAGUACAUCAUUGUACAGUGAGAUACAGUCAGCUCCAUAAUUUUCACGAACAGAUGAAAAAAGAGUUUGGUGCCAAUUCACUCCCACAGUUCCCACCAAAGAAAUUUAAACUUCUACAAUUAGGGCCUGCAGAACUUGAAGAACGCAGGGCGCAGUUAGAGAAAUACAUACAAAUAAUCAGCCAAAAUCCACAGAUUGCAAACAGUGAUGUUUUUAAUGGAUUCUUCCUCAGUGCCCAACAGGAAACGCAGCAUGAGGAACCAGAGCGUGUUACUCUGGACGUGUUUCUAAUGAACGGUCACAAAAUAACAGUGAAUAUUUUGUCUACAGACCAGACAGAAGAUGUUUUAGAGACUGUGGCUUCCAACAUCGAACUGAAAGACGAUUUUGUGUUUUAUUUUGGUCUUUAUCUAGUCAAGAAGGAAGGUGGAGAAAAAGAAUUGUCAAUUAUAAGAAAGCUCCAAGACUUUGAGUCCCCCUUCAUUUCCCUAAAGGCUGCAAAUAAAGAUGGCGUCCAUAAAAUUGUGCUUCGUAAAAGUUACUGGGAUUCAUCAUUUGAUGACGACUUAUUAGAAGACAGAAUAGCCAUGAACUUGCUCUAUGUCCAGGCACAGAGUGACCUAGAGAGAGGCUGGAUCCACGCAACUAAAGAACAGAUGAAACAGUUGACAAAUCUUCACCAGAAGGGGUCUAAAAAAGAAUAUCUCAGACUUGCAAGGACACUCAAAUACUAUGGCUUCCUCCACUUUAAAAAAUGCCAGACAGACUAUCCCCAAGAUGGCUGUGCUGCUGUAGUUGCCGCUGGCAACAGGGAACUGAAUUUUAGGAUUCAGGUUUCAGAGGAUCAGCUAAAGGAAGGAAGUUUCAAGAUCACCCGUAUGCGAUGUUGGAGAAUUACAACAACACUUCCUGAUGAAGAAAAUGAAAACCCAACAGACCCAAAACCCACACUGGAGAUAGCUUUUGAAUAUCUGAUGGCCAAAGAUACCCUGAAGUGGAUCACCCUGUUCACCGAUGAGGCAAUUCUAAUUAGCAUGUGUCUUCAAGGAAUGGUGGAUGAGCUAAUUAUGAAGAAACAGGGCAAAAAGAUGAAGAGGCCACAAGAUCGAGUAAAGAGGGCACCACGUGCAUACCUGAAAAGGGACGGUACAAGCAACGUCACAUACAACGAGGCUGAUAAUGAGGAACACACCACAAGUACUGCACAGAAAGCAAAGGAAUCUGUGAAGAAAAUUUCAGAUAAACUCCAGUCAUUACGGACAUCAGCUUUGGCACCUGAUCUGCCAGAAAACGAUGCUUUUGUGGGUGGAAUAGGUGAUGAUGACCUCUGAUGAAAUAAUGAUCUUAAAACCUAUGAUGUCACAACAUUUAGAACAGCAAAACCGGUGAUGUCAUAAGAUUCUGUCUAGCAAAACCAGUGAUGUUAUAAGAUUAUGAGUUAAAUUGAGAAGGUGGUCUCAUCUUCACAGAAAAGGCUGAUUUUGAAAGGAGGAAUGAAGAAAGAGAACAUGGUUGUGAUUGGAUAGAAAUCCUAGGAGGGAUGAGACAAGUUGACAAGUUGACUGAAAUCCAGUAAUUUAAGGGACCAUAAUAUAAUCAGAAGUCAGAUGCAUAAUAUCUGAUCAAAAGCAAUAAUUACACCAUUAUGUUAUAUUAUAACCAUCGAUAUAUUAAGAUGCAUGGCUUAGUGAUCAAAUUUUAGAUAGUUAUAUAUCCCAGCCAUUCCAAGUGCAAUAAUAAAAUGGCAAGACUCUGUUUCACAAAGGAACUUCAGUCCAAAAAUUAAUCUAAACUUAAGACCGAAAUUUGUCAACUAUUACCCAGGAUAAAUCUGCAAUAGUUCAUUUAAAUAAAGAUGUGGUUUAUGUUUCAUGCCACUAUUCACUUAAUUUAAGUGGACUACUGAGGAUUUAUCACAAACUGAAGUGGACCAAAUUUUUGGCCUAAACUUUAGUGGUCUAAUAGACCAAUUAUUGGGCUGAAUUUGCCUUGUGAAACAGCUGGCAGGAAGUUUUGGUUGUGACACCCUGAGUUUGAGCAUUUGUUGGAAAUGCCCCUUUGCUGUCAACAUGCCUGUGGCAUUUCUAUUCAGUUCCCAUAUCUGCAGGGUGUAUGGAAUUUGAUGACUACAAAACCUUCUGUAAAAGUUGGGAGGGGGAAAAUGAAUAUAAACCUUUUGCCAAAGUGUGUGGAACCCAAUGUUUUCUGUUUGUGCAGUUUUAAAUCAAAAUAUAUCUGUUUUGAUGCUUGCCUGUCAGCUAGCAAAAAUUCACUCACAUAUUUAUUCAUUUAUACUUCAUGGUAAGUUCACUCACCUUUGAAAUUUUCAGACUUUAACCCACUUCAGUGUUCUAAUGUUUAUAAUCUUACUUCAAGAAACCAGUUGAAAUAAUCAUUCAUACAUGGUCUAAAAUUUCACUUGCCAGCAAGGACCCAAAUAUACACUCACACAUGAAAACUUAGGAGAUUAUAUCAGGUGCCUUAUUGUUAACUUCGCAUAUCAUCGUUAUUAUAAUCAAAGCAUUUUUUGAAACUCCCAAAGAUUUCUGUUAUAUAUUUAUACAUUUAUCCUCAGUGUGUAGUUUUGUAGUGUUUCUGGAAGCAUAGCACCCUGAGUCAAUGGAAACUUGCCACGAUAAUCCCUGCGAAAAUUUGUCUCAUUUAACGCUCACCGUUCUCUAUCUGACCUAGAACAUAAUGUUUUUCUCUUUUAAUGAAAAAUGUUCUUAAUCUGUUCCAGGACAUUCUGAAGGACUUCCUAAAACAGUUCUUGAACUGUUAGAUUCAUUACAGAACAACAUUAGAACUAUAAAAAAAAAAAAAAAUACACCAAAUUUUCUAGAAUAGAUUGAGAACCGUAAGUGAGCAUUGAGUGAGAGAAAUUUUUGCAGGGGUGGAAAUGGCAGAAACAUGCUCAGAAUUGGGGUGAGUUUCCAGUGACGUUGGAAACUAAGGGUGGUUGGAAAAUGAGAAAAAAAAGAAGAGUGUAAAUUUCAAGUCUAACGUGCACUGGUGCCAUAAUAUAUGAUAUUUCUGUUUGGUCAUAUUUAAGGAAUGAUCAUAUUCUAUGUGUGAGAAAAUUUCUAUUCAAGGUGGGCUUAGGGUUAAACUUAGGACGUGUAGAACAUCUCAUUUUUAUAGCUCAACAGUUGAGAAAAUAUUUCAGAAAUAAUUUGUUUCUGUUGAACUGAUGCAGUUAAUGUUACUACUAUAAGAAUAAGUAUCUGAAUGUUUAUGCAAUUUUUAAUAAUCCCUCCAAAUGUUACGCACUGAUAUUGUUAUUAUCAUAAUGUUUGUUGAAGGUUUCUCACACAACUUUUAUAAAUAAAAAUAAACAAAGUUUUGUGAUUCAUAACCAGUAUGUAACUUACACUUGCCAACAAAUUUUUAAAAAAUCAUCAAGAAUUUAUUUUAUUUUUGAAUGAAUUAAUGAAUGGAUGGAAAAUAUUAAGUUGGCUGUGGGCACAUCAUACUUAUAUGAUUAAAAAAGACUUUCACCCAAA